AUGGAUGAGCCCUUGGUUACAUUCUCUGGCUCCGCGGACCUUCUCAGCCUUGUUGGAGCUACCGUGCUGGUGGAUGAAGAUGACUUUGUCGGAGUUCAUCACGCUGGUCGAGCGCUCGCUGAAGACUUCGGUCGUGUAACAGGAAGAAGCCCAAGCCCGUUUGAGGCUGUUGGACAGACCAUCACUACCGCGCCAAGAUCUGCCAUCAUCAUUGGAUCCAUUGAUUCUUGUCUCAUACGGCGAUUGGCGACCGCGGGCAAGAUUCAAACAUCGCAUCUUCAAGGAAAAUGGGAAACAUUUCUCACCGUGGUGGUCGAUCACCCGCUCGAAGGAUGCGAUAAGGCAUUGGUGAUUGCGGGCAGCGACAAGAGAGGGGCGAUUUUUGGUGCCUAUACCCUCUCCAGUCAAAUUGGUGUCUCUCCUUGGUAUUGGUGGGCCGACGUCCCUGCGAAACAUCAUCCCGAUAUAUUUGCCGUGCCUAAACAGACCGUCCACGGCGAGCCGAGCGUUCAAUACCGAGGUAUCUUCAUCAAUGACGAAGCACCAGCCCUCACAGGUUGGGUGUUGGAAAAGUUUGGAGGGUACAACACGAAGUUCUACAUCAAGGUGUACGAGCUGCUCUUGAGACUCAAAGCAAAUUUCAUGUGGCCAGCCAUGUGGCCUGGAUAUCCAAAUCCUGGCGCGGUAUUCUUCCUUGACGAUCCAGAAAAUCAACGGAUCGCAGAUGAGUAUGGCAUCUGCAUCUCUACAUCGCACCAUGAGCCUAUGCAACGGGCGACGACGGAGUGGUUCGAGGAAGGCCACACGGACGGGACAUGGGACUGGACCACACACCGCGAGGAGAUAAUCGAUUUCUUCCUAAAGGGCGUGGAGCGGGCGAAAGGCUUAGAGUCCUACUUCACACUCGGCAUUCGCGGCGAAUACGACAAGCAGAUGGCGACCGACGAUCCAGGGAAGGUUGUGCGUGAUGUACUUCAACAGCAGCGAGCCCUUUUCAAAGCUGUCUAUGGGCGUGAGGAUGCGGUUCCUCAAGUGAUGGCUCUAUAUAAAGAGAUUCAGGAUCUCUACCAAGCUGGCGAGUUCACCGUCCCUGACGAUGUCACGCUUCUAUUUGCCGAUGACAACUUCGGGACAUUACGUCGACUGCCGUCUGGCUCUGAGAAAUUACGAAAAGGUGGAGCCGGGAUCUAUUAUCAUUUCGAAUACGUCGGCGCCCCUCGAAGUUAUAAGUGGAUCAAUUCGAACUCACUGGGUAAAAUAUAUCACCAGCUAGACCGGGCCUAUCGUUCUCACGCUCGCAAGAUCUGGGUAUUUAACAUUGGAGACAUCAAGCCCAUCGAGGUGCCUCUGACGUUCGCCAUGGACAUGGCGUGGAACGUCAAUUCUGUCGAACCUACAAGCAUUCCUCGCUACCUGGGAAACCUCGCUUCUCAUUAUUUUGAUAAUGAAGUGAAAUCGGAGACAGUCGCCAUUUGGCACGAAUAUGACCGUCUUGUUCGCAUGCGCAAACAUGAGCACAUCGACCCAGAGAGCUUCUCGCUACUCCAUUAUAACGAAGCAGAUGACAUUGUCGCGCGUUGGAAGAAGUUGGAAGUCGAGGUUGACACUCUAUAUAACCGUGUUCCAGAUCUUCAGAAACCUUCGUUCUGGCAGCUCGUUGUACAUCCUGUCAAGGCGAGCACCAUUUUCAUCUGCCUCCGCGUUACUCAAGCCCGGAAUCAACUCUACGCACGUCAAAGGCGCAACACUGCGAACAACCUGCUGCGCAAGGCGCUCGAUCUAUUUGAUGCAGACUUCAAGCUUUCUCAGGAGUUUCAUACACUGCUGGACGGCAAAUGGAAUCAUAUGUUAUGCCAGCCCCAUAUGGGGUACGGUGAUACAUGGCAUGCACCUUCGCGUGAUGCGAUCUUUGGUCUGGCCUAUGUUCAACGGUCUCAAAAUAGCAAUAUUAUCGUUGGACAGAUGGGCGUUGCUGUGGAGGGUCAUGAGGGGAUCCGUGCUGGUCGCAUUAAUGAAGAGAGCGAGCGAACACAUCCGAGUCGCCGUGAUUUGGUACCUGGUCUCACUCUUGGUUCUAUGAAUCGAUACGGCCCAGUGAAACGGUGGUUUGAUGUAUUCACACGAGGAGCUCAAAUUAUUCACUGGAAGGCAUCUGCGCCUCACUCCUGGGUUCAACUUUCUACCACUGUCGGGACACUGCAUCCAGAUGGCGAAGAUGCUCGUGUGCUCAUCACGAUUGACUGGGACCAAGUGCCAGUCGACUUUGACGAGGAACUCCUGAUCAGCGUCAUAUCAGAAGAAGGCGACUUUGAACAUGUUCAUCUCCCGGUGAAGGGGCAAAAAGCUCCCCUCUCAUUUUCUGGGUUCAUUGAAGCCGAUGGCUGCGUAUCCACUCCGGCAUCAGGAUCGAAUUUGAGUCCAUUUUAUCAGCACCAUCCCGACCUCGGUCGCAGAAGUGAAGGUGCCGUAUCGUUGGUCGAUGAUAUCGGACAUGAAAGCAGUGAUGUGCCUUUCCUCGAGUAUUCUGUCUUCUUGUUCUCAUCUUCUCCGUCUCCCUCGAUCAUACUAUACUUUAACAUGACUCUUGAUGUCGACCCAGCUCGUCCCAUGUACUACGAGCUCGGUAUUGACACUUGGCCUACUGGAUCACACCGCUUGCUUUCGGCAGACGGAGACAAAAAGACGAAGCUUCCAGCAGAAGGUUGGACGGACGCUGUGAUGGAUUGUGUGUGGAAAAAGACUCACUCUGUCUCGAACAUGGAGGCAGGAGUCCACACCAUCCGUAUCCGCUUGUGUCACCCAAAUCUGCUGUUGGAGAGGGUUGUGGUGGACCUUGGGGGUGUCAACGAGAGUUAUCUUGGACCGCCUUCCAGCUACCGCGCACUGGAUUGA